AUGUCCCUCACUAUCCAGCACGCCUUCGAUGUCGGUAAAUAUUAUCUUGCCAAUGUUAGGAUAUAUCACGCUGCCAUUUUGAUAUCUGGAUAUAUCUGCUACCGAGCAUUAUAUCGCAUUGUACUCUGGCCUUGCUUGCUUUCUCCCCUUCGCCAUCUCCCUGGACCGCCCACCGGUAAUCCUUUGAUCGGCCAGUGGCGUGCUAUUGUUCACAAAGAAGCCGGCAUUCCUCAGCGUGAAUGGGUCAAGAAAUAUGGUCCUGUUGUUUCUGCUGUCGGUCCCAUAGGCGUAGAACGUCUUAUAUUCACGAAACCCGAGGCGCUACAUAGAAUACUCGUCAGCGGUUGGCUCGAAUGUCCUCGUCCAAGCUUCUUAAAAAAUAUCCUUGGUUUAGUGGCUGGUUACGGGCUUUUGACGGUAACAGGCAACGAACACAAGCAAAUGCGCAAGGCAAUGAAUCCAGCUUUCUCGAUCCCUAAUUUGAUGGCUCAGACUGAUAUGUAUUAUGACUCUAUCGAAAGUCUUAUAGAUAUCCUCAGGUCUGAAGUCAACGCUGAAAGGGACCCUGCGAAGGGGAAAGAAAUUCUCAUGUACGACUGGAUGAGCAAAGUGACUUUGGACAUUAUAUGCGAGACUGCCUUCGGUUAUAAGCCAGAUUCCCUACAUAAUCCUCACAAUGAACUUGCAGAAGCUUACGAGAACUUGAUCGACUUACAAUCAGGUCCCAAUAUCGCUCGGUUCAUUUUAUUGGUGAUAAUUCCAGGAUUUCCCUAUUUGCUAGCUUCACAGUGGGGCUACAAUCACCGUCACUGGUUUGAGAAAAUUCCUAUUCUCCGUCCUGCGGCCAUCCUUAUGGACUCUAUGCAUCGCAUUAAAACGAUAUCUCGCCAAAUGUUAGCAGAAAAAACUGCAGACUUGGCCGUGGCUGCAUCUGAUACCGAGGCUAAACGAGAUAUCAUGUCUUUACUUGUGCGGGCUCGUACAGCUGACAAAGGCGAGGGUUACCAAAUGAGUGAUACUGCCAUGAUGGAUCAAGUUUUGACGUUCCUCGGCGCUGGACACGAAACGACAGCUUCAGGUUUGGCAUGGACGCUCUGGCUCCUCGCCAACGAUACUGCUGCUCAGGACAAGCUCCGACAUGAAGUGUCUGCCAUACUUGCUAAUAAUCCCCGCCCCGACUAUCGUACUUUAAAAGAUUUACAGUGGCUUGAUUGUGUUGUCAUGGAGAGUCUGCGCGUACUUCCCCCUGUACCAAUGACUGUUCGGAAAGCAGCAGAAAAUCAGAGUAUUGAUGGUACGUUUGUCCCUAAGGGAACUCUACUCUAUAUUCCGAUCCGCGUCGUCAAUACCUGGAAGGAAAUUUGGGGUGAAGAUGCCGAGGAAUUCCGUCCCGAGCGGUGGCUCAACCUCCCUAAAGAAUACAACUCCACCUUUUCGUUGUUGUCAUUCAUUGCAGGCCCGCAUGCUUGCAUUGGUAAAACCAUGGCCAUCAUGGAGAUGAAGGCUAUCUUGGCCGGUAUAAUUGCAAAGUUCGCUUUUGAGCCAGCGUAUGUGGGACAGGUGGCUAAACCUACAGCUGCUAUCACUAUGAAACCCGCAGAUGGCAUGCCUUUGCGUGUGAGAUGUGUAGCACCAACGCCUGUCGCAAGCAUGGCAUUGUGA